AUGCUGAAACUUUGAGAAUUUCGAAGAAGUCACUUUUUCGCAGCUUGAUUUCAAGAAUUGAACUACGAUGGAUGCGUGGAGCAAACUUACCAAUUAACCUGUCUAAACUUUUGGAGCUGAGCUACUUGGCAAGUUGGCAUCCCACUUGCUUGUGAACCUGAACUCGAUGCUCGGAACUGUGUGCUGGAAACUAACCGGAGAAAAUGCCCUGCGCCGCCUCCCUCCUCACCUCUCCCCCACCCUUCCCCACCGCCACCACCAAAACCCAUUUCAAAUCACGCCACUUUAUCCCUAGAAUGUCCAUAAACCAAAACCAACCAAACCCAACCCCAAACCCUAACCCCCUAACAUCCCUCACCAAACUCCUGUGGGGCCCCUCCCUCCCACCCCAGCUCCUCAUCUCCACCGUCCGCUCCACCUGGUCCGCCGCCUGGCACCUCAUGAUGUCCCAGCUCGCCCCCUCCGACCCCACCGGCCGUUACACCCGACCCACCUCCCAAUUCCGCUCCAAUUCCCAAAUUACCCUCCAAAACAAACCAGGCGCCCUCCACCUCUACGUGGGCCUGCCCUGCCCCUGGGCCCACCGGACCCUCGUUGUCCGGGCCCUCAAGGGCCUGGAAACCGCCGUGCCAGUCUCGGUUGCGUCGCCGGGGGUGGACGGGUCGUGGGAGUUCCAGGGCAGGGCUAUACCGGACGGGGAUAGAGUUGUCCCGGGCUUGGACGGUGCAAAUGGGUGUAAAACCGUGAGAGAGGUUUAUAAGCUUCGGAGAGGGGGGUACAAUGGCCGGUCCACGGUACCGAUGCUUUGGGAUGUGGAGAGCAAGGAGGUUGUGUGUAAUGAGAGUUAUGACAUAAUUGAAUUGUUCAAUUCGGGGUUGAAUGGGUUGGCAAGCAAUCCUGAUUUGGAUCUUUCACCGCCACCGUUGAAGAGAAAGAUUGAGGAGUGGAAUCGGAUUAUAUACCCAAAUGUUAACAAUGGUGUCUAUAGGUGUGGGUUUGCUCAGAGUCAAGAAGCAUAUGAUUCCGCGGUAAAUGAGUUGUUUAGCACAUUGGACACGGUGGAUGAUCACUUGGGCAAUUCUAGGUACUUGUGUGGAGAUGUGUUGACACUAGCAGAUGUAUGCCUGUUUACAACUUUGAUUAGGUUUGAUCUUGUGUAUAAUGUUCUGUUCAAAUGCACAAAGCGAAAGCUGAUCGAAUAUCCAAACCUUCAUGCCUAUAUGCGCGAUAUAUACCAGAUUCCAAAGGUCGCGGCAACUUGCAAUUUUGGAGCAAUUAUGGAUGGUUACUAUAAGAUUCUUUUCCCGCUGAAUCCAAGUAGCAUUCGACCUGUCAUGCCUUCUGGUUGCGAGCAUGAGUUCCUCUCUCAACCUCACAAUAGGACAUCUCUGUCAUCGGUAGAUAAAAAUGCACAGGUUCCUGUUUUAUGAAGCUUUCUUUCGGAACAUUGAUUGGAUAUAGAGCCCAGACCUUGUAUAUGUUGUUAAAUCGUCACAAAUGAUGUUUUAAACAGUUCUCCUCCUCUUGUGCGAAAGAAUUUCGGCCUAUCGACAGAUGUAGAAACUGAAAAUACUUACAGCCAAUGAAAUAUACAACGAUGAUUGUUUCUCCGCGAAAUUUCUGGCUUUGAAAAUGCAACCAAACCCCGGAUAUGGGUGGACUGGAUUGCCAUAUCCGGGACUAUGUUAUACCCUCCCUUUGACCGUUAACAAACAGGCCGUUAGGUCUCAAAGAAUCUCUUCUUCUUUUCUUUUUUUUCCUUCGGCGUCUGAUAUGAAAAAGAAAAAGAAAGGGAAGAUGCAUAGGAGUGAACUGACAAGUACUACGUUUCUCCGCAAUCUAAAAAAUCGGAGCGCGCUGCACAUUUGGAGAAGAUCGUGGGCCCACAAGGAAGAGGCAAGUCGUUUGAAAAAACUUCUUGAAGUUCGCCUUGCUGCAAAGAACAAUUCUCCUACAGAAAAAAUAUGCGAAUUCCAGCAACUAUUUAAGGGACAUGCAAUUCCAACAGUCAUGAAGACGGACUCCUCAGUAAAGCAAAUUGCAAAAAGCAACGUUAGCUAGAAUUCCAAGCAAAACACUCGAGCUAAGAACAAAUUAUUUCAAUUAAUGAAGCAUUGUCAUUGAUAACGAACCGAAAAGGCCGAAUAAGGUGGUGACAUUCCAAAGUUUCCAGCUUUGCUUAAAAGCGGGUGGACUUAAGCCCAGAAAUGAACACAAGGAACCCAUAGUUUCGGCAGAGUUACCCUAUGGUACAACACAAUACACAACGGUCAUGGAGGCAGAAAAGCUUAUGAGAAGUGCAGAAUUGAUACAAUGCUGAAUGCCUGCUUAUACAAUUUGACCCCAAGAGACUGGGGCCAUUUGGGCCUCAUGCAGCCACAUAGAACCGUACACAUCCUAAAAAAUGACUUCUCAAAGCUUUGAAAAUAACCUUGAAACCCAGUCAACUGAUAGGUUACAGCCUUGGGAGGGGAGUCGAGUUAUUGCACCAAACCAAUUCUUGUGAAAGGCUCCAUGAACCUCACAUGUUCAUCUUCGAUUCCCUGUGGAUCUAGAUC